ACAAAGCUUAGAUAUAACAAGAGCAUUGGUAGCUAAAUAACUUAGAAGUUGGGUUUCAACUUUCAAUCAAUGCUAUUGUAGAUUACAGACUUUACUACUGUGGUUUUAGCAAAACUAUUUUGUUUCAUUUCAUCAAUAUAUACUCUAUAAAAGGAACAAUCAUGGUAAUGCCAAAAAAAGUUCCAAAAUAUACACAUUUUUUUCUAAUUCUUUUACUAAUCGCGGUGUCUAACGAAUCAUUUUCCUCAUCAUUCAUUCCAAUUGAUAAUUAUUUGGUCGCUUGUGGUUCUUCCCACGAUAUCAAUUUUCAGGGUCGAACUUUCAUACCUGAAUUUAAAUUUAAACAUUCAAACCUUCAAAUAAUAGCCAACAAAAAAAUUGAAGUUACCUCUAAAUUCAACAGUACACUUUCACCACUCUAUAACUCAGCUCAACUCUUCUUGGAAAAGGCAUCAUUUAAAUUCAAAAUUCAACAAACAUCAGUGCUCAAAAUGUAUCGAUUGAAUUCACCCCUUUCACAGAAUUCACCCUUGAAACAAUGUAUCGAUUGAAUGUGGGAGGCGCAGAUAUCAGUGCUCAAAAUGAUACACUCAGUAGGAAUUGGGAGAGCGAUGAAACUUACUUUCAGUCCACCACCACUGGUAUGAAUAUUUCAACAAACAUUUCUACUAUCAAGCAUCCUGAUUUCAUAGAAUUUACAGCUCCACCAAUGGUUUAUAUUAUUGCUAAAUCCUUGGGAAGUCUCUCAGGGGGUUACAAUUUAAGCUGGGAAUUCCGUGUAAGCCCAAAUUUUUUGUACUUUGUUCGUGUGCAUUUUUGUGACAUGAUUAGCAGCUCUACUAACUCUAUGGUUUUGGAUCUAUUUAUGAAUGGAUACAUUGCUUUUCAAAGUCUUGACCUGUUAAGAGUUUCUGGUGACCUUGCUGAGCCGUAUUACAAAGACUUUGUGUUGAAAAACACAGAGGAAACACUCACAGUAAGUGUUGGUCCUGCUACAAUGUCUAGUAUACGAAAUGCAACGAUGAAUGGGAUAGAGAUAAUGAAGUUCAUUAACAAAGUUGAUGCGUCAAAAAAAGAAAACAGAGUUAACAAUGUUCUAACAAAAACUUCAGAACUAAGCAAGACAUCAAAAUUGGUCAUUAUAAUUGGAUGUGGCGUCUUUGUUGUAAUAUUUCUAGCAUUUCUUGGACUAUCAUUUUGUUACUUAAAAUCCUGCAGGUUGAAGAAAAAUUCAGUAAAUGCUUGCGAAUUUCUGAGGCAUUUUACUUUACAUGAGAUCCAACACGCAACAAAUGGUUUUGAUGCUGAGCUGCUUAUUGGAGUAGGAGGAUUUGGAAAGGUGUACAAAGGAACACUUGAUAAUGGGAAAAUAGUAGCCAUAAAAGUAGCCAUUCCUGAAUCUAGACAAGGUCUCGAUGAAUUCUAUAACGAGAUUGAGUUGUUGUAUGGUCUUCGUCAUCAAAACCUUGUCUCCCUUGUAGGUUGUUGUAAUGAAGACUCUAAACUGAUUGUGGUGUACAACUACAUGGCAAAUGGAUCUCUCAGUAGUCAUUUAUAUGGGAGGGACUUUGUUCCUCUGUCUUGGAAACAACGCCUUGUGAUAUGUUUAGGGGCUACAAAGGGGCUUUUAUAUCUUCACACUGGAGCUAAACAGAGCAUAAUUCACUGUGAUGUCAAGACAACAAACAUUCUCUUGGAUGAAAAGUUUGUGCCAAAAGUUGCUGAUUUUGGCAUAUCAAAAAGGGGUCCUCUUCUUGAUAAAAGCCAUGUUACAACCAAUGUAAAGGGUAGUUUUGGCUAUGUUGAUCCAGAAUAUUUUUGGACUAAGUAUCUCACUAAGAAAUCAGAUGUUUACUCAUUUGGGGUGGUGUUGAUUGAAGUUAUAUGUGGGAAGCCUGCUUUAGAUGAUACCCGUACGACACAGGAGAUGAAUUUGGCACUGUGGGCAUUAAGCUGCCAUAAAAAAGGUACUUUCAAUGAAAUGGUAGAUCCAUAUUUGAUUGGAAAAGUUAAUAUGGAUUCUCUAAACAAGGUUUUAGAGUUGGCAUGGAAGUGUUUGGAGGAGCGUCGGGUUAACAGACCAUCAAUGGGGUAUGUAUUAUGUCAACUAGAAGAGGCUCUCCAUCUUGAGUUGGCUUCACAUGUUUUGAAUGACAAUGACAUUGAAUUUAGUGAUGAUAUAGAAGCUGUUGUUUGAAAUUUGAAACCAUAGACUCCUUGUGGUUAUUAUAAAGGUCUCAUAAGUGUUUUGUAUUGUAGGAACCAAAAAGUUUUUAGAGUAAAUCUAUUUAUCUAUUUAUAAUAUAAUAUAAUAUAUAAACUUUUAGGAUUGAAAUUUUGACCAAAAUAUGAAUGUGUAACAAAUAUUUAUGAAGCAUUUUAGAACUAUUUUUGUGAAUUUUAAUUAUUGGGGCACGUGAUCAAUAUAGAUAGAGAUUCGUUUAAAGUCGAAGCAGUUUUGAUGUGGAAGAUCCCUAACACAGUA